AUGGUCAACUGGCAGUCCCCCGAGGAGAUUGCGAACGACGGAGCCGCGUUCGACAAGUUCAUGCAUGUCUUGCUCGGCCUCUACAUCUGGGAGUUCGUCACCUCGCUCCCGUUCGACUGGCAAUUCCUCAGCGGGAAGCGGAAGUUCAAAUGGCCCCUCAUCUUUUACUUCUGUGGACGUUACUUCCUUUUGUUUGCACUCAUCGGCAUAGCGAUUGCUUUGAAUGUCACACGGCCAGUCAACUGCCAAUCGUUGUACACGUACAACCAGAUCUUUGGUAAUGCGUCGAUCGGCUUUGCGAGUAUCAACCUCUCCCUCCGAACCAUGGCCGUCUGGUCACAGGCAUGGUACAUCGUUGCACCCCUCGUCGUUGUCAUCCUCGGGCAUUGGUCCCUGUUGUUGCAUGGUAUCCUCCUUAAGGCCGCCUGGAUUCCGGGCCAGGGAUGUGCCAUCACGAAUACCAACAACACUCUGCUGGCCGCGACAUUCAUUUACUCGAUGUGCUUCGACUUCACGGUGCUCGCCUUGACGGCAUUCAAGUUGGGUAUCAUCUCUGUGCCGCGCAGGGACCGGUCGAAGAUCGUGCGCCUCAUCUUCGACGACGGCCUCAUCUUCUUCAUCGUCGCCUUCGUGGCAAACACAAUCGCUACUGUGUUCAUGUUGAUGAACCUUAACGCCGUUAUGUCAAUCAUCGCAAACGUACCGGCUGCGAUUGCAUCGACGAUCGUCGCCUGUCGAGUGGUGCGGAGACUUACCAACUAUACCACGGAGGGUGCCGAAGUGUUCGGCACAACGGAAGCCUCCACUUUGGCCUUCCACAAAAGCGGUCGGUUCAGUCGCGGUGGCAUGUUGUCUGUCAGCGAGAAGAAGCCAGACGGCGUACAUGUCCAGAUGGAAACAUUUGCUGCAGCUCCCGGAGAGGUGUCGCCCUCCGACCUCUCAUAUAUCCGAUACGACGCCGCGGGUAACAUCAUGAAGUCAACGGACAUCGACGCGUUCGGUGACGUCGAAGCCAACUCGCCCGUCGAAUUCAAACGUCGGGAUUUCCAAUAGCUACUCCCGAACACCCACUCUCCUUUCUCUCCGCCUCUUACACGCCUCCUACAUUGUCGCUUUCCAGUCGUCGCUCUCGCAUCCGCAUCCCGCAUACCGUUGAAACCCCAUUCUCUCUCAAACUCUCACGCUCUUUCCUCGCUCUGGUUCCCAUCUCGGAUGGCUCACAUAUCCUCCUGUUAGUCGGGCACAAUACAGCUCUUCUGUGUACUCGACACCUUC